UUUGGCCGCAGCUGCCUCCAGUGCCGCGGGAUGUAGCGCAGGGGCCCGCGGCCCCCAGCAGAGGCAGCUCGCCUGGCCGUAAGUUUUCCGGGAGGCCGGUGGACAGGACUCGGGCUCUGCAGGCCCGCGGAGGGGACAGCCCAGGUGUACCCCGCUCUGAGGUCCCGAGGGUCGCGGCUUCUCACCGGGCUUGACUCCCAGCUCCGCGUUUCCCGAGGUCGCGCUGUAAACAUUUCCGGCCCCUCCCACGCGCGGUGCGGGUCUGCUCCGCCCCCGCCCCCCGCAGUCCCCGUUCCGGGUAGUGCUGCUUGCUCGGCCCCGCACUGUGACCGCAGUGCUCCGGAACUGAGCCGUAGUGUUGGGUGCCAGAGCAUCCGCCCCGAGUGGCCGGGAAGCCCUAAGUCUCCUGGCCCUACGUGACGUGCCCCCACCUUGAUGGGGUUGGAGGAGAGGUUGAUGGACAGUCGACUGGUCACCUAAGUUUAGAAGACCAAACUGGACAAUGGACUUUGCUCACUAUGCUGACAUGAUCUCCAUUGACCUUCAUUCGUCUACUAUCACAGGAAGAUCUCUGCCCCCUGGGGCUGAGAGACCCCAACCUUUCCCCAAGCUGAAGCUACAGGGUAUUGAGGUACCAGCCAGAUGUCUUCCCACAAAGGAUCGGUGGUGGCACAGGGCAAUGGGGUACCAUCCAGUAACAGAGAAACUGACACAGUGGAACUAGCUGAACUGGGUCCCCUGCUGGAAGAGAAAGGCAAGCGGGUAACCACCAAUACAACUAAGACUAAGGAAGAGCAAACAUGCCCAGUGCCUCAGGAAGAAGAGGAGGAGGUGCGGGUGCUGACACUUCCCCUGCAGGCCCACCAUGCCAUGGAGAAGAUGGAGGAGUUCGUAUACAAGGUCUGGGAGGGGCGUUGGAGGGUCAUUCCAUAUGAUGUGCUUCCUGACUGGUUAAAAGACAAUGACUACCUGCUACAUGGCCACAGACCACCUAUGCCCUCCUUUCGGGCUUGCUUCAAGAGCAUCUUCCGCAUCCACACAGAAACUGGCAACAUCUGGACCCAUCUGCUUGGUUUUGUGCUGUUUCUCUUCUUGGGAAUCUUGACCAUGCUCAGACCAAAUAUGUACUUCAUGGCUCCUCUGCAGGAGAAGGUGGUUUUUGGAAUGUUCUUUUUGGGUGCAGUGCUCUGCCUCAGCUUCUCCUGGCUCUUCCACACUGUCUAUUGUCAUUCAGAGAAAGUCUCUCGAACUUUUUCCAAACUGGACUAUUCAGGGAUUGCUCUACUGAUUAUGGGGAGCUUUGUCCCCUGGCUCUAUUACUCCUUCUACUGCUCCCCACAGCCACGGCUCAUCUACCUCUCCAUCGUCUGUGUCUUGGGCAUUUCUGCUAUCAUUGUGGCACAGUGGGAUCGGUUUGCCACUCCUAAGCACCGGCAGACAAGAGCAGGAGUGUUCCUGGGACUUGGCUUGAGUGGUGUUGUGCCCACCAUGCACUUUACUAUCGCUGAGGGCUUUGUCAAGGCCACUACAGUAGGCCAGAUGGGCUGGUUCUUCCUCAUGGCUGUGAUGUAUAUCACCGGUGCUGGCCUUUAUGCUGCUCGGAUUCCUGAGCGCUUCUUUCCUGGAAAAUUUGACAUAUGGUUCCAGUCUCAUCAGAUUUUCCAUGUUCUGGUGGUGGCAGCAGCUUUUGUCCACUUCUAUGGAGUCUCCAACCUUCAGGAAUUCCGCUAUGGUCUAGAAGGUGGCUGUACUGAUGACUCCCUUCUCUGAGCCUUCCCACCUAAGGGGUGGAGGAGGAACUUCCCAAGUGCUUUUAAAAAAAAUUACUUCUUUGCUGAAGCAAGAGGAAGAGUCUGAGUUGUCUGUUUCUAGAAGAAACCUUAGAGAAUUCAGUACCAGUCGCUUCAGCUCACUUUCACAGCCAUUAGGCAAUAAACUUUCCAUUCCUUAGCUGAGGGGCGUUGGGAUGGUCAACACAGCUACCCCCUCCUCACAGCCACUUUCUCAGCAAAACAACUACUGGUCCUUCAUGGACAGGACUUUGAAGCUCACGUUGAGAUUUCACCCAUUCCUCCAGCCAUUUUGGGGAAAAAAAUUAUGGACUGAUUCUUCAGAAAUUGCUUUUUUCUUGAAGAAAAUAUUCCCCCCUUACCCUUAUCCUUACUUUGUAACCUGGCUUAUAACAGGCCAUCCAUUUUGUAGCACACUUUUCAAAAAUUAUAACCUGGUCCCAUCUUUCUAGGGCCUGCUUACAUGACAGGAAAAAUAAAACCACAUUUUAUGUAGCCCGGCUAAUCAUGGAAAUAUGUCCUGGCUUUAAAUAACUUGAGUUUAAUUUUUUUUCUUGCCAGAAUAAAAUUAAAAUGGGGAAGAUAUUUAAUAUUUAAUACUAAGCUUUAAAAAGAAACCUGCUAUCAUUACUAUGUAUCUUGAUGCAAAGAUUAUGAUGAUAAUAAAAGUACAGAAGACACUUGGCAUUCAAA